GGAGCCGUCGCCAUGUUUAGAAGUGUGUGCGUCCUUGAGCGAACCGAGCGAAAUGUUCCGUAAAAUAUUAGAUAUAGCUCAUGUGCUGAAUAUUACGUGAGGUACCUAAUUACGGUUCGACGUACGCCAAUCGCGAGGGUGACGUUCAUUUUCGUGGAUGGCUCACCUACGUCGCAGAAUUUUGUGAUUACAUUAUGUGUGAUGUGUAAUGACUGAUAAGCAGGGCGUGCCUAAUUUACCGCCCCUUGCCGGGGGCGGAGGAAAUAAUGAGGGAAGCAACGGAGGUGCAACCCAGCAAACAGUCAGUUUGCAACAAGUUCUUGCAAGUGCUCAGGGUCUCAAUGUACUCACAACGGGUGGUGGACAGCAGUUUGUUAUUACAUCGCAGGUUCCUGGUCUCACACAGGUUAUACCAAGCAGUGUUACAACAAAUGCAGGCAUCCAACAAGUUGGAGUUACGAGGAUCGUUAAUAUCGGCGGCUCCUCGCCACGUGUUAACGUCGUCGGAGUAGCAGGAAGUAGUGGUUCUCCGCUUACCUCUCCAACACGUCAAAAUCCAACAGUCGUGUUAGCCACUUCCCCGAAGUUGAUGCGUACAUCGGUGGGUAACCUGUUCGUGACCCCAACAUCGCAAGCUUCAGUGCAGUCACCGCCUGCUAGGAAAAGACUGAGACUCUCGGAAUCAACAGAGAAACCAACCGCCCUGGACGACACGGUUGGCUACAGGAGACGCAUCAUGGAGCAUAAGAUGAAAAGGAUGCGUGCGAUCCGAGAGAAAUAUGCGGAGAACGCAUCUGAGCUCUUUUUUCUACACAAUGGGGGAAACAUGAUGGAUUUUCAAACCUGGCGAAAGCGAUCACCGACUCCUCAGUACUUGCAUUUUUUGAGACAACACAGACUAGAUCCUGACGACGAUGAUGAAGAUCUUACCGUACCCUUACCGCCAAUAUCCGAAAUCCCUACGUCGCCCACCACUACAAUAGUUUCCUCUACUGCUCCACUGAGUCAAGGUACAGAGGUGAAGAUUUCAGGCGUCGGCGUGACUCCUGUCGCCGUGUCAACCACUUUGCCAGCUGCCGUAGCUCAACUCAGCCAACAAGGUGGAACACCCAUAGUUCCAGAUCCACCCAAAUCUGUUCCCACCAGUGUACCUGUAAGUCCUGUCGCUGACAAACUUCCAGCAGCAAGCACAUCGGGCAAGCCUCCUAAACCUUCCUCGACGCCUGUUAAUGCUACGACGCAACCUGUAGUUAAACUUGUGAAGUUGCCGACAUCAACAGUGUCGUCCUGUGAUACUCAAAAUCUUCAGGAACAAAUUGUAGAGAAAGCGAAGCAGGAAGCGUACGUGAUGCAGAGGAUCACAGAACUUCAACGUGAAGGUCUCUGGUCUGAACGUAGACUGCCAAAGGUCCAGGAGCCUUCAAGAACGAAAGCUCAUUGGGAUUACCUACUCGAGGAGAUGGUUUGGCUCGCUGCGGAUUUUGCCCAAGAACGCAAGUGGAAAAAGGCCGCAGCAAAAAAGUGCGCAAGGAUGGUGCAAAAACAUUUCCAAGAGAAGGCUAUUCAGGCACAAAAGGCUGAGAAAUCCCAGGAACUCAGACUCAAGAAGAUCGCUGGGUUUGUUGCCAAGGAGAUCAAGAACUUCUGGACUAACGUUGAGAAGCUGGUGGAAUAUAAGCAACAGGCGAGGUUGGAAGAGAAAAGAAAAAAAGCGUUGGAUCAGCAUUUAAACUUCAUCGUUGGCCAGACGGAGAAAUAUUCUACGUGGCUGACGGAGGGACUCAACAAAACUGACGGCGCUCAGAGCGUCUCUGCCUCUAUGAAUAGUUCGAGAAUUUCGUCGCCGGUCCCAGCUGGAAAGCACAAUUCUGACGACGAGUUUGAACCAAACCAAACUUCAGACGAUGACGAAGAGACGAUAGCGAAGGCCGAAGAGGAAAUGAAGUCGAAUCACAAGGAGGAGGUGGAAUUGUUGAAGAAGGAAUCGGAAUUACCUCUUGAAGAUCUCUUAAAGGAGCUACCGCCAAAUUAUUUACAAGAGCGGGAUAAGAGUUUGUCUCCAGCGCCUAAAGAGACUGUUGAAGAGGAAAAUGAGAAGUCUGUGGAUGGUGAUGCGGAAUUUACAGUGGCUUCUGAGGAAUCUUCGGAUGAUGAAGACACCAUUAUGGAACAAGAGAAAAUGGAAGGAAACGAUGAUCACAGACAAGAGUUGGAUGAGCUCAAGGCUGAAAAUGAAAUGAGCAUUGAUGAACUAAUGGCGAAAUACGGUAAUAUACCAGAGGCGCCAAUGGACAUUGAUGGAGAUAUGGAAGGAGAAUCUGGUAAAGAGUCUGAAAAGGAGGAAGAAAACGAACACGACGAGCAGACGGAGAGUGAAAGUGAAAGCGAGGACGAGACCAAGGACGAGGAUUCGCAGACGCAAAGCGAUGACGAAACUGGCGUCGGUCUGAAAUCCCUACUUGAGGAUUUGUCCAAUGAAAAACCGACAGAAGAUAAUAAGAAUACCACUGUAGAUCAGUCUGAUGCUCAUAAUGAAAUGGACGAUGUUGCUGCAUUGGCGGAGAGUAUACAGCCUAAAGGAAACACGCUGCUUACUACUAGCGUUGUGACGAAGAUUCCUUUUCUCUUGAAACACUCUCUUCGAGAGUAUCAGCAUAUAGGAUUGGACUGGCUUGUUACGAUGUUUGAUAGAAAGCUCAAUGGAAUACUGGCUGAUGAGAUGGGUUUGGGAAAGACCAUACAGACAAUUGCUCUUUUGGCUCACUUAGCGUGUGAAAAGGGAAAUUGGGGUCCGCAUCUAAUUAUCGUUCCCACUUCGGUGAUGCUCAACUGGGAGAUGGAAUGCAAGAAAUGGUGUCCCGGAUUUAAAAUUCUUACGUACUAUGGCACACAGAAAGAAAGGAAGCAAAAAAGGACUGGUUGGACGAAACCAAAUGCUUUUCACAUAUGCAUCACGUCUUAUAAGCUAGUGAUUCAGGAUCAUCAGAGUUUUCGUAGAAAAAAAUGGAAGUACCUGAUCCUUGACGAGGCGCAGAAUAUUAAGAACUUCAAAUCGCAACGAUGGCAACUGCUGCUGAAUUUUCAGACGCAACGGCGGCUGUUACUCACAGGAACUCCACUACAAAAUAACUUGAUGGAACUUUGGUCCCUGAUGCACUUUCUUAUGCCAAACGUGUUCCAGUCUCACAGAGAAUUCAAGGAAUGGUUCAGCAAUCCCGUGACAGGGAUGAUAGAGGGAAAUAGCGAGUACAACGAAAACAUUAUACGACGUCUUCACAAGGUCUUGCGUCCAUUUCUCCUCAGAAGGUUAAAGACAGAGGUUGAGAAACAACUGCCAAAGAAAUACGAGCACGUUCUCAUGUGUAGGCUGUCUAAGAGGCAGAGGUUUCUCUAUGAUGACUUCAUGUCCAGGGCCAAGACAAAGGAGACCUUGGCUAGUGGCAACUUAUUGAGCGUGAUCAAUGUCUUGAUGCAAUUGCGUAAGGUCUGCAAUCAUCCAAAUCUCUUCGAGGUUCGCCCCACUGUCUCUCCCUUUCAGAUGGAAGCCAUUGAAUUUGUAACUGCAUCCUUGGCGUGGAGUGCUCUUGAUUAUGAUCCGUUCAAGCAUAUCGAUUUGUCUUGCUUGAAUCUUCUGUUAGUUGAUUUGGAGCUUACUCUCACAGCCUUUGUAGCACAUCGAAUCAGACGAUUGCAAACGCCGCGGAAAUUAAUUGAGGAAAUCGAUAGCUUACCGGAUCCUCCACCACGGUGUCCCUCUGGCAAGAUUAAAAUCAACGUCAGGUUGUCAAAUCAAGCCAAAGCACCGCCAGUUCCCCCGCAACAAGCUCAGGCUAAAUUGAAAAACUUGGCUGGGAUAUUGCCAACGCCCAGAGUGGGUACUUCACCGCUUAUCAAAUCUCUCAACAACCAAAGUACGCCUGGACAAGGAGUUACGUUAAGGGUUGCUGGUGGGCAACAACUACAAGGCUACUCUGUGCAAUUGGUACAACAUCAGGGAAGCGUAAAAGCAAUUCCAGUGGGCACCUUAGCACACAAUCCCCAGGGCACAGCUACAGUUACACCAACCACAGCUGCAAUGAACGCCCAGAGGAUAACAGUCGGCAAUGCGAAUAUUCGGGAUGGUCUACCAAGAUUAACAACCCAAACAGUUACCGUAAAACAAGGCGAUUCCGUCCAAAGAAUAGCUGUACCAAGCUUUGCCCAGCUGGUUCAAACCUCAACUGGCAGACAUAUCAUCUUAACAUCUAACCAGCAAAACACCAAUACAGUUUCCUUCCCAGUAAUGACACCUAGUGGACAACGCGUAACAGUUUUAUCGAAAUCCCUGAUGGGCCUUUCCACGUCUGUGUCGAGUGUUAAUAAAGUUGUCGGUGGAGUAGUCACGACUGUUGCUAGUGCAGCUAGUGGAAGACCGGUUAUGAGAGUUCCUCCAUUAAAUGUGACAACGUCUCAAGCACAAUCAGUAGCUACUACACAGCAACCGCAACAACAGCAACAAUUGCGGUGUGGUAUUGUUACCAGGAAUUCACAGAAAGAUGCUGAAAAAUGUCAAACCAAGGAACAACCCAAGUCUGAAUUUUACAUCCCACAAUUAGAGGCAGAACGAAAGCAAAGGCGGCAAGCAAAACUUCAAACCUUAGCAAAUAUCAAUGAGAGACGUUGCGCUGCUUGUCCACUUUACGGCGAAGAUUUGUUCACUGCCUUAAGAAUCGGUAGACCUGCCGUUGGUUGUCGUUGGCAUGGAGGUGGUUGGAUGCAUUGUACAACGGCAGAAGGUAGCACACGCACCAGGAAGCAGUUCUUCUCCCGUACCGAAGCUCUUGCUGAAGCCAUAAAGUCGACUGAACUAAUCGUCGAGGAACUGAAAGAAGUAUUUGAAAGAUUUGUCGUGUAUGUGCCUGCCGUAAGAGCACCACUACCUCGUUUUCACGUAUCGCAUCCUCCACCACACAAACUCUGGGCUGAACGACGAAUGCAUGUGCAAUUGCAAAGGCAAUUGUCACCAAAAUUAGCCCUGUUCCAUCCUGUAUCCAGUGCUAUGGCCACGCAAUUUCCUGACCCUAGACUGAUACAGUACGACUGUGGGAAACUGCAGUCGCUGGAUCUACUGCUCAGAAAACUCAAAACUGGGAAUCAUAGGGUUCUCAUAUUUACACAAAUGACUAGGAUGCUGGACGUGCUUGAGGCCUUCCUGAAUUUCCACGGGCACAUUUACCUUCGUCUGGACGGUACUACAAGAGUGGAUCAAAGACAGGUGUUAAUGGAAAGGUUCAAUGGCGAUAAAAGAAUAUUCUGUUUCAUCUUGUCAACUCGUUCUGGUGGUGUUGGUGUCAAUCUGACAGGUGCUGAUACUGUCAUUUUCUAUGACAGCGAUUGGAAUCCUACGAUGGAUGCACAGGCCCAAGACAGAUGUCACAGGAUAGGGCAAACGCGUGAUGUACAUAUAUACAGAUUGGUCAGCGAAAAAACGGUGGAGGAGAAUAUCCUAAAGAAAGCUAAUCAGAAGAGGUUACUGGGAGACUUAGCUAUCGAGGGCGGAAACUUCACGACAGCGUACUUCAAAAGUUCGACGAUUCAAGAUCUGUUCAAUAUUGACCAAUCGGAGAAUGACGCCUCGACACGUAUGGCCGAAGUUCUUGAGCAGAGCAAGGACCGAGAGAAGAUGCAACACAGGGACUCAUUAUCGGGAUCAAACACAUCUCAGGUUCAGCCAACAGAAGAGAAGGCCGCCAUCGGCGCCUUGGAGAAUGCUCUGGCUGCAGUUGAGGAGGAUCUCGAUGUCCAGGCUGCGAAAACUGCCAAAGCCGAAGCUGUUGCUGACCUGGCAGAGUUCGACGAGAAUAUACCGUUGGACGAUGCCGAUAAGGAAGAUACACAGAUCAGCAAGGCAGAACAAGAAGUUCAGAAUUUGGUGUCGCAGCUCACACCCAUAGAACGUUACGCGAUGAAAUUCGUGGAAGAGUCCGAAGGCACUUUUUCAGCAGCGCAGAUAGCAGCUGCCGAAAGAGAACUGGAGCAACAGAAGAAGGAAUGGGAACUGGAUCGGCUUCGUGCUCUGCGCGAGGAGGAGGAAAGACGAAUGAGAAUGGCCGACGACGAGGAGAAGCCGCUGACCUUCGGACGUGAGGACGCGCAAAACCAGAUAUGGUUGUCGGAGAACACCAUGGAACAGAUGCCGAUGUGGUGUCCGCCAACACCGCCUACAACGGAUAAUGACGUGUACAUAGAUUAUUCACUUGGAUUUCUUUACGAAGCUACGCCAAUGUCUGAGGCUCAAUUGCCUCCCGUUUACGUGAAGAAGGAACAAAAAAGAAGUAGAGUGGACGUUGUGUCCAGUGACAGAGGCGAUGGUCGUCGACCUGUCAAGAUGCGACAUAAGGAGGAAUCCGUUUACGCACCCAGAUCACUAUUCGACAGACCAUCACCAGCUUUGACAAAGAUGCGACGUGACAUGAAAUUGCAUAAAUAUCGAGCAAUAGUACGUCCGCCUAUACCGAUGACUGGAAUAAAGCCAACACCCAUGUUAAAACCUACGCCAGAGCCAGAUAACGUCCUUGACUGGAUGGUCCAUGAGGAUUGGGCUCUUCUGCAGGCUAUUCAAAUCUAUCAGGGGCUGCCCCUGAACUUGAUGAUUCUUUCACCAGGACAUACACCUAAUUGGGAUCUGGUUGCUGAUAUCGUUAACAACACCUCGAGGAUCUACAGGUCGCCCAAACAGUGUAGAAGUCGUUACGAAAGUGUCAUUGUUCCAAGGGAAGAGGGUAAACUGUUGUACGACACCACUCCAAAGAAGCAGAAGAAGCAAAAGGGAGUUUAUAAGAUGCCACAAGUUGCUGAGCAAAGUAAGACCAAUCGGCCAAUGAGGACGUCGCAGCUUUAUAACCAGGAUAAAAAUCACUCGUUCACUUUGAUGUGCUGUCAGAGAUUCGAUACUAUUAAAUCUGUCUCCAAUAAGCGAACGCCUACGGUUAAACCAUUGCUGGUCAAUCCUCUGAUGAAGAACCCGAAGCAUGCUGCUGUCCUCGCUGAGUGUGGGAUCCAGUACGACAGUCCAUUGGCACCAAUAGAGGUAGCAACACGUCGUGCUGAAAGGAUAGCCAAAGAAAAACUAAAGAAUGCCGUACUCACUGCUGAACAGCAACAACAACAAGCAACUGCUCGUUUGCUACAGCAACAGCAGCAGGCCGCUCAACAACAGCAGCAGCAACAGGCAGCUCAGCAGCAGCAGCAACAGGCUGUUCAGCAACAGCAAAUUCAAUUGCAACAACAGCAGCAACAACAGUCACAAAUAGCAUUGACUACGAAUACGCCACAGCCACAUCAGCUCACUCAAGUAAUAGCCAGUGUAGCGACAACACUAGCCUCUAUAAAAACAGUCGCGUCGACAGCAAUCGUUACCAGUGGUACAACCGUUGUAACCACCGCAGUAAAAGGUCGAUCCGGUGGUACUCUGACAAUGCACGACGUUCGACCAACUCCUACAGUAGUUAGUGUGGCAAAUCUACAAACUGGCCAGAGGAUAGCAACAGCAAGUUUAGUGUCAGCUGGACAAAAUCCGACAGGAGUAGCGCAGAAGGGCAUUGUCGGCGUGACUGUAGCGACAGCAUCCGGUAGCAAAACUCUAACACCAGCACAAGUUCAAUACUAUAAGCAGCAACAAGUACUCUUACGUCAGCAACAGCUAAAGGUGCUUCAAGCACAGGCUGCAAGUGGACAAAAGGUUUCUGUAGCUGUUUCCGCUGCAGCUGCGCAACAAAGAGCAAUGCUAAUGAAACAAGGGGUUACUGCAGGAACUGUGGCUCAGGCUGCAUUAGGGAAACAAACUGUAACUAGAACAGUAUCGGAGACAGAAAUGGCUGCGUUGAUAAAGCGACAAGCUGCACUCCAACAACAGGCUAAGGCUGUUGCUCAAGUGCAAGUUCCAGCACAGGCUGGAUUAACACCUGCGCAGAUAUUCGCCCAGGCUGGUCUUCAGGUUCAGCAAGCUGGAACUUCUGCGGGUGGUACACCUGUAGCGACAUUAGUUAAGGCUGCAAACGUCGCAGGGGUACGCACUGCCACUCCGCAACAGAUCAGACAGCUCGCGCUACAUCCUCAAAUCUUGGCACAAAGAAAACUACCAGCGCAGAAAGUCGCGCAAUUAGCUCAGGUUGCUGGGAAGGCUGGAAUGCAAACUCAGCUUAUUGUCCAGCAGAAAUCAUUACCAGCUACCAUGACUGUUCAGCAAAUACACCAAGUUAUGAAACAUGUGCAGCCAUCCACCAUGCAGCAAUUCACACACGUCUCUAGCGGACAGGCAGUAUCCCAGGCAGGUCAGGUUGUGUUGGCAAAAUCUCCAUUGCAAACAAGAGUUAUUCCUGUUGCAUCAGCAGCCUUAAAGCAGACAAUUCAAGUGGUAACUGCUAGCAGCGCUCAAUUAAGACAGGCUGCACCUGUACCAGGAAAGCCUGUUGUAACAACGGCCAGAGCUAGUCCAGGACCCAGUCAAGUGAGGCUACAAACAAUUGCGCACUCGGCUCAUACUCAACAAAUGCAGCAACAACAGCAACAGCAACAUCAGAAUCAACAAGACUCGCAGCAGAAGUAAAUGAAUUUUGUAAUUUAGAAACAGUUUAAAAUUAUGAUCGAGUGUUGCAGAAUCUCUAUCUAAUUAUUUCUGCUCAAAUUGAGGAAUAAAAAACAGAGCUAAUGAUUCAACACGAUUUUAAACGUUUCUAUAGCGAAUCGAUGGACGAUAUAACAUUCCAAAUUUGACAAUUUAUACUUAUAUCAUGUACUAAGGAAGGGUUAGAAGUGAAGGGCUUUAUGCGCACAAUUUCAAAAGAUAGUCAUGUCUUUAAUAUUGUGAUAUCCUUGUUAACAUCCAAGUGAUAUUUUGCUUUCGAAAUCAAGGAGCUCCGCACCCGUUAAACGAUUCUCUUGCAUCAUUUUCACAUUAUUAUUCUGUAAUGGGAACACAACAGAAUAAUUCUAUUUAUUUAAUUGCAAAAAAACACGUGGAUUACUUCCCGCCUAAAUUACUUUAAUUGCGGCGAUUUACCUCGCACCAAUUAAUUAUUUAUACUUAUGCUGCGAGCACAUUAUACAUAAUUGAAACGACGAGCGUGAUAUCCUGAGAAUAAUAUCGGGUAGGAUUUAUUAAUUAAAAUAACCCUCGAUCGGUAAUUCUUUUUUUUAAAUAUAUAUGUAUGUAUAUAUUGUUUUCUCUGAUAACAAAUCAUUUGUUUUUAUCACAAUUAAUAGUGUCGAGAUUAGUUGUUCGACAAAGAAUUCUCAUGAAAACCAAGAUCCCAAAUACAAAUAAGGAUAAUAAGUUAAGAUUUGAAGAAAAUAAAAAUGUAUGCUGGUAGAUAAAGAAACUUUCUAUUUCAUUCAAGUAUCAUGCGAAGUAAAACUUGACGUUUCUGUCAGUCAAAAUCGUAAUAUCUUGACUACGGUCAGCAAAGUGAAAAAUUUAUUAAAACGAAGUAAACGUUUAAAAGAUAUAUUUAAAAGCGGCAGAUGAAUACGGAUGCACAGAGCAUUGAGUAAGAGAUCACGUACACCCAGUAUGUUUGCAGAACUUAUGCAAUCAAGAAAUAUGCAAUUUCAAUCACGACGGCAGUUAAAAAUAUAGUUCGCUUAUCGCAAUAAAGUCAAUAAGUCAGAGUUAACGAAUUUCACUGAUGUCAUAACGCUCUGAUAAUCUCCAAACACUUAUUUUUUGGCUGAUUCAUCGUUUAAUUUCACGUUCUUCUUAAUUAUUAAAUAAAUGUAAUAUUAAAACUGUAACUAUGUUUAAAAAAAAUAUAGUGUCAGAAUUUCAUACAACUCACCCUGAUUAGUGGAAGCAAAGAAAAAUCAUCUAAUUCAAAUGUUCUGUUAUAAUUCGAUUGUGGUUAGUCACAUUAAUUUCAGUUCUUUACUUUUAUCAUAUUAACUUUUAUACUUCAUGUAAAGUAUGAUGUAUGUACUUAGUGAGUAUUACAUGGUAUUAGUAGUUGAUAAAUACAUGACAUUGAACGAAAUUUUUGUGAAAAUAUUAAUAAUCCUUAGUAUCUACGUAUAGAUUGUUUUAAGAAUGUUGUACGUUAUCGACCGAGCAACGCAGAUCGAUGUUUGAAAUGAAUUAUAGAAUGAUUCAAAACGAACUUUACAUGUAUAUCGUUGCGCCACUCUCUUGCGGAUAAUCGAUUUUGGAAUAACAAUAAGCAAAUAAAUUCGUUCGACGGGAUAUGAUAAAUGUCUAUUAGUUGAGAUGUACCGAAAGUAAUUGAAAGUGUGCCAAGGUUUAUUGUUAGUCAUUGAUUUUUAUUUUACCUUAAUCUAUGGCUACUUCGAUUUACUUUAUUUAAAGAGAGACCGUGUAAGCCUAACCGAAUAUCUGCAAGUCUAAUGAGAUGAAAAGAAAUCUAUAAUAGAAGAGAGAAAGGGGGCAAGAGUAUAAAAAGUAAUUUGAAAGAAAGAUAUAACUUGUAUAUGUAUAUAUAGGUCCGCGUUAUGAUUUUAACAAAAAAUAUUUCUUAUUAUAGUUGAUAGCUUAUUAAUGUGCACACGUGUAAGAUUGUAACCUGAUAUAUCUAUAUCAGUAUGAUAUAAUAAUUACGUGUAUAUAUACUUGAGAUAUGCACAUAUGGUAUGCAUGGACUUCGUAUGUAACUGGCAUAUGUAUACACGUAUGUAUUAUAAAAAUAUACAUAUGGAUAGAUAAUUCGUGUACAAUAGUUAAUCAAAUAAAACUCGUCAAUAAAACUUG